AUGGCUUCGCUGCCCAGUGAUUGCUGGCUGAUCAUUCUGAAGCAUCUCGAGAGAGAGGAUUAUCGGUCACUUCUUCUUGCAUCGAAGAGCACACAUCCCUUCGUUGAGUCUUUCCUAUUCAGAGAAAUAGCUUGGGAAUGGCGUCCAAUCCCGUUCCGCAAAAUUCUGCUUCUCUUUCGCGCGAUACUGCAAAAGCCGGAGCGCGCAUCCCAUAUUCAACACUUGAGUCUUCUCUCUCACCAGUCAGUCUCGACUAUGGAUGAAUGGGAGCUUCCGAUUUGUGAGGUAGAUCCCAAUGAAGAGCUCUUGGGCUUCCAAGAUGUCUUGCGACAGGCUCAAACUAUUGUCAAGACUGCCCAUUUCCCCGAUGCAGAGACCUGGAUUGGUACUCUGGAAAGUGGGAAUCCUUACUCCUUUGUUUUUAUUCUUCUCUCUCAGCUCCUUAACCUACAAUCCCUACGUCUUGAUUACUCCUUUGUGUGGCAAUCUGGGUUACCGGGAUUGAUGCUACAGCAUGCUCUCUCCUCUUCCUCAAGCCCCUUAUUAUCCAAGUUCAGAUUACUCAGGGACGUGGAUUAUGGCGGAAAUAUUCGUCGCGACAAAUUAUCCGACGGUCCCGACGUCAUUGAUGAUGAGCCCGGCUAUCCUCAAUGCAAUCCUCAGCAAUUCCCUGCUUGGUUCUAUUUAUUAUCUUUAAGAUCUCUUACAAUAUGGCUUCGCACCAAGCAAGGGGUAGAGCUCCCUGAUGGUCCUCCUAAUCUCUCGCGUCUCCAAUCUCUCAUCCUGGCUCGAGCGACCAUUCAGGAGACCAAGAUUCCCGAAAUCCUUUCUCUCGCCCCUCACUUGGAGACUCUACAUUUAGGAAUGGCCUACAGAUGGGGUGAAGAAAGAGCCCUUUCAAACGGGCCAUUUAUUGUUCAAGGACUGGAUUCCAUUCGAGAGUCCGUCACAAACCUUUCUAUUGGCAUCGAGUGGUUUCCACCCACCACAUGUGAUGUUCUGCUACAUGAAGGAGAAGAGGAGCUUACCAGACCAUUUGAUGGCCUGAUAACCCGAUUUCCAAAAGUCCGCUCGGUCGAGAUAACAGCAAAUCUACUUGUAGUCUGCUCAACAGACCCAUCAACGGACCUGACAUCAGUGUUAUCUGACCAAGUCGAGCAACUCUGUCUGCGAAUGGACUAUGAGACUGUCUACUGGGAUGACUGGGGUAAAAGAAUCCUCGAUUUAGUCACGAAUAAUGCUCCGAAACUAAGAUCCCAUAUGCCUGGGCUGAGACGAGUCUGUGUGCGAGGUUGGUCACGAGUUUGGAGCAACCCUCGCACGAGCCAACGAAUUGACUUAACACGGGCUGCUUGUGCUCAGGAAGGAAUUCACUUCGAGGUGAUAUCUGAUCAACUUUCUAAUGGAAUCUGGACUGAGACUCGGAUAUGUCCUGAGCGAAGGAUUCGUUAA